UGCGAAGGACAACGAUGUGCGUACGUGGUUGGGAAACUGUUGUAAAGUGUACGCAAAUACGGAGCAAACCAACCAUCAGCUCGUCAGCGAUCAUUUCCAUCUGCUCCUCUUCCCCCCCGCCAUUCCCCAGUGCGCCAGUGGAAAAGUUUUUUGCGAACGGUGUCGACGAGGUCGGUGAAGCACUUCAUCGUGAGAGGAAACGAGCGGUAAAAGAGGAAUACUAAGAAGAAGAAAAAAAAAGUAAAGUGCCCGAAAGUACUCCAAACUAAAAGAGAGAGAAAUAGUGAGAGCAAAUUUAAGUGAGUGUGUGUGUGAAAGAGAACGCUGAACGAAAUCGCGUUUCUUUCCUUCUGGAAACUGGAUUUCGGAUAAUUUAAGCAGCAGCUCACGGGACUUUCGCAGCACCCGAGCGACGCCCCGGAACCGAAAACGCGGGGGGAGGAACGGGGUGUAAAAUAGGCCGCAGGAUCAUCAGCAGUAGCAGCGGCAGUUCAUCUACUACCAUAAUAUACAACUUUACCCCUUUUUCAUCGGUGUUGUGCGCUGUUUCGCAUUUAUUAGCGGAGCCAAGGGAUAACGACCUACUUCUGCACGACGCUUCUGGAGUCGGGCGAGAUAAAUACAAAAAAAAAAACAAACCCUUGAACAAACAAGAACAAAACAAAACGGGAAAAAAGGAGCCAGCAAAAUACACACAACUUACUGCAGACGAAGGUUUUCCAAUUUAUAGUGCAUACAUAAAAACGGUAAAAGCGCCGUAAAUAAAUCCACCAUAUUACCAGUAAACGUAUCCCAGUAGCGCAAAUAAAUAUUACUCUUCCGGUGCCGGUGGUUUCGAAAAGUGUGCGUUUGAUAGAGUUGAUUUAUCCUUUCGCUUCCCCAAACAAACAUCAUCAUCGAACGUAAAAAUAUUAACCCGCCUAGCGCCUAAAUAGCUGCAAUGUUCGUAGACACGUGUGCUUAGCCGGGUUGGUUUGUUGCGUUAGCUCAAGAAAAGAACCGAAACCGACAUAAAUACAGCCAAACUAGUUUUCACUCAUCCGGCGGAGGUAAAUCAAAACGUUGGCCCACGCAAAUUGAGCAUCCGACGCGUUUGACUCCAUUUUAUCAGCACCGAAAAAAAGCUCCAGGAAUAAACGGACGACGUAAUGAAUGUUUGCGCACCCACCGGGGUGAACCGGGCGGAAAAUCUCCUUUCCGUUCGUCGGGCGUAGGUUGAACUUUCAAAAUCAAAUAUCAGAGAAAAAAAAACGCCAAAAACAAAAAGAAAAACAUACCCCAAAAUAAGCCCAGCCCCAGUUCGUUAAAUGUUACGCUAAGAAAUCAGCCGGCGGGGGUUUAGAAAACAGGAGCAAAGUGGAAAGAAGCUCGCGGUGGCUCGGAGGGAGGGGUGGAGAGAAAAAAAAGGACACCUUAAAUCGAUGCCCGAAACCGGAGCAAAGUGAGUGAGGGAAACCAAGUUUGCAAUAAUUUUGGACGGAUCAUCGAAUUUUCCUAACGGAGAGCAAUUUGUAGCGAGAUACACUCGGCUUGCUGAAGGAAGCUGUAAAAAAUACACACCCACACACACACACAUACACACCGGAGUGACGUGAACGGUAAACAGUGUUGCCAGCAGCGGACGGGGACAUCAACAAGGGCUUGGAAAAGAUGGCGCCCCUGUAAAACCCCUCACCCGCCGAAAACAAGUGAAAAGAAAACGAAAGUAAAUAAUCCGAGCAGUGGCGCACACACACACACAAAAGCGAACGCAAACAAGGUUCAGUCUUCUAUGAAUUGUGACGCGCCGGUACGGCACACCGCAGCACGAAGGCCGCACGGAAGAUGUCCGCUCUGAAGGAACGCAACAAAAUGUGCCAUUCUAAUUUAAUAUUCAUCGUGCUCUUCAUUUGUACUGAUUAUGUAACGGGCGAUAUUAGCACAUCCUUAGCCUUAAGUAAGUUGAACUCCGGUGCAACAUUUUUCGCUGGACCAUACCUAGACGGAAGCGGCGUUAGCAAUGUAACUACACAAAUCGGAACACAUGCAUAUCUGCCGUGCAAGGUGAAACAGCUAGGGAACAAAUCUGUUUCCUGGGUGCGGGUGAGAGAUGAUCACAUUCUCACAGUGGACAGGAUGACAUUUAUAGCCGACGAGCGCUUUCAGUCGUUCUACGUCGAGAGCAGCGGCGUUUGGACGCUGCAGAUCAAAUACGUGCAGGCUCGUGACGCCGGCAUCUACGAGUGUCAGGUGUCGACGGAACCGAAAAUCAGCGCCCGAGUACAUCUGCAUGUCGUUGUGCCAAGAACCGAGCUUAUAGGUGACUCCGAUCGCUACGUCAAGGCUGGCAGCGCUGUCAUCCUGCGGUGUGUGGUCCGGGGCGCCCUCGAGCCACCCUCCUACAUCAUCUGGUACCACGGUACCCAGCAGAUCUUCACCGAGAGCCGGCGCGGCUGGAAAACGCAGCUGGACCGCGGCGCACCCGAUCUCGACGGUGACAUUCACAGUACGAUUGGCUCGCUGAUAAUCGAAUCGACGAGAAAGAAGGAUUCCGGAAAUUACUCCUGCAGCCCAUCCAACAGUCCACCGAUCACGGUCUCGUUGCACGUUAUCAACGGAGAGUCGUCCGCAUCCGCCGUCACGUCAUCGGCCAGAUCGCUGUUUGAUGACAGCAUAUCGAUGUUCAAACAGCGUAACCUACAGAUUCUGCUCCGGCACAGGACAUUUGUUAUGCUACUUGUAUUGGUUAUCUAUGCUCAGCUAAGCUGUCAUGUGAACUAUAGACUUUAAGUAUAACCGUAGUGUAUUAAGAUAACGGAAAGUAGAAGAGAGAGAGAGAAAAAGUACAGUAAAAAACAAAACAAGCAAGCAAGCAAGCGCCAGAACAAACUUAUCCGCAACCGUAAAUAUUACAAACUAAAACAGAAAUAAGUCGCUCGUGGGGUGACUAAAAACAAAACGAUACUACAAAAUCAAAUACCGUGCGGUGGGUGGGUAAAACAAAAGAAGCAAAAGGUAAAACCUAACACACAUUUGCGGUUGAGGGAACGUAUCAGAGAGGAAGGCAAGCGGCAACUAAAACGAUAAUUCGAAAAUCAUCCACGUCCAUUCUCUAUCGCUAAAAUACACACUAAGAAGGAGUUAAGCCGCCGUGAGUUUGCAUGCGCCGGUUAGUUGAGCGGCAAACUACGGGACGAACGAAACCCGUGAAUUACUUGCUCAUAUAUAGAAGAAAAUAUUUGAAGUAAAACAAAGAAAAAACAAAAAUCUGAAACAAAGCGUUACGCAUCUCGUUGAGUUAGAGACACAGUGGGGGGAAUGAACAAAGAAGGUAACAAAAACACAUCCACACAUCACUUCAAGACGUAACCGAAACAUACAGAAAAAAAAACAAACCGAGACAGUUCCCAUCACACAGAUACGGACAAGGACAACCGAAAACUCAUGACUGAAAGAAAAACUCUACG